AUGGCCAGUCCUCAAAAUCUCAUCACAUGGCGAACAAUUCUUUUAAUUGUAUCAUCGUCUAGCUUGCUAAAAGUGAUCUCAACUCAAGACAGCUGUAGAGGAAGAUGUGCUUCUCAGUACGGUCGAGGCCACGAUUGCAACUGUGACAGCGAAUGUCUUCGUUAUGGCGAAUGUUGCAAAGAUUACAGAGCUCUCUGUACAUCAGAAACCUCCUGUUCUGGACGCUGCUUUGAGCAACAUGAACGCGGGCAGCAAUGUCAGUGUGAUCCUGACUGCAUGAAAUACGGUGACUGCUGCUCUGAUUUUGUUGCAAACUGUGGAAGAGAUAGCCGGAAAAGUCCCAUGUUCAUACCAACAACAAGAUCAAGUUUACUGUUCACUAGCUCCACAAGAAAACCAACAGCAGAGCAACCCAAGAUCAUCAGCGAUACAUUGUACCCACAAGCUUCUGCCAGCUAUUUGGAUGAUGAAGUGAAAAUCACAGAAGAACCUAUGAAGCUAAAAAAUGGAAGUGCUAAAGCAAUUGAAGGAUCGACCGUCAUAAAUCCCAUAAGAAUUGAAAUUGAAAAAGAUUAUUCUAAAAUCUUGGAUAAAGUAAUAACAACUAGUUCUCCCGCAGAUACUUCCACGGACUCUAAAACCUUGGAUAAUGGAAUGACAACACCUUCUGUUUCAGAAGAUAGGACCAUCGAUUCUAAGAUGUUGGUGAAAAUCAUGACAACAUCUGCUCUUCCUGAAGAUGGGACCAUGGAUUCUAAAACCUUGGAUAACAGAAUGACAACGUAUGAUGUUCCUGAAGAUAGGUCCACAGAUCCCAAAGUCCUGCACAAAAGAAUGAAAACAACUACUGUUCCUGAGGAUGCUGCCACAAAUUCAAAAAUUCUGUAUAAAGAGAUGACAACAACAGCUAUUCCUGAAGAUGGAACCUCAGAUUCUGUGUCUUUGCAUAAAGGAAUGACCACACCCUCUAGUGCAGAAGUUACUUCCACAGAACCUAAAAUCUCAGACACACAAAUAACAACACACACUGCCCCAGAAAAGGCUUCCUCAGUUCUUGAUUUCUUGGAAAGAGGAAUGACAACGUUUCCCACUCCUGAAGACAGGUCCAAUGGUUCUAAAACCCCAGAUAAAGAAAUAACAACUGUUCCUGAAAGUGAUUCCCUCAAUUCAAAAACUCCAAACAAUGGGAUAACGGUGCCCUCAGUUAGUGAAGAUGUUUCCGACAGCUCUAAACCCCUAGAUAACAGAAUGACAACUCCCGCUGUUCCUGCAGAUUAUUCCACAAAUUCUGAAACCAUGGAUAAAGGAUUGACAACAUCCUUUAUCCCACAAGAUGCUUCCCCACAUUCUGAAAUCUUGGACAGGGGAACGACAACAAACACGGACCCUGAGGAGGUUACUGCUGGUCCUAGAAUACUGGAGAGUGGAAUGACACCUUCUGCUCUUCCUGCAGCUGCUCCUACAUAUGCUAGAAUCUCGGAUAAGGGAAUGACAUCGCUCUCUGUUCCGGUAGGUGAGACCAUAGCAUCUAAAAUCUUGCAUAAAAUAAUGACAUCUUCCCCAUUUCCUGAGGAUAGGACUAGCAAUCCUGAAAUCUUGGAUAAAGUAGCGGCAACAGCCUCUAUCCCUAAGGAUAGGACCAGGGAUUCUAAAAUCCUAGGUAAUAUAAUGAUAACACCCUCUAUUCCUGAGGAUGGGACCAAGCACAUUAAAAUCUUAGGAGAAAGGUUGACUACAUCCUUUGCUAAUUCAGAUAGUUUCAGAGAUUCUGAACACUUGGAUAAAGAAAUGACCACAUCUUCUGUACUUGAAGAUGGGAAGAUGCAUUCUAAAACUUGGGAUAACAUAAUGACAACGUUAAGUGGUUCUGAAGGUAGAUCCACAGAUCGUAAAACAUUGGGUGAAAUAAUGAAAACAACCACUCUUCCUGAUGAUGCAUCCAUAAAUUCAAAACUCUUGGAUCAGGGAAUAACAAAAUCAGUUAUUCCUGAAAAUGGGACCACAGGUUCUAUGUUUUUUGAUAAAAGAAUGACCACAGCCUCUUAUGAUAAAGUUGCUUCCACAGAACCUAAAAUCACUAUACAUGCUGCCACAGCAGAGGCUUCCUCAGUUCCUGGAAGAAUGAAAACACUCCCCACUCCUGAUUCUAAAAUCCUGAGUAAGGAAGUGACAACCACUGUUCCUGAAAAUGAUUCCCUCAAUUCAAAAAUCUCAAACCAUGGCAUAACAGUGCCCUCAGUUAGUGAAGAUGUUUCCAAUAGUUCUAAACCCCUAGAUAAUAGAAUGACAACUCCCUCUGUUCCUGCAGAUUAUUCCACAAAUUCUGAAAUCAUGGAUAAAGGAUUGACAACAUCUUUUAUCCCACAAGAUGCUUCCCCACAUUCUGAAAUCUUGGACAGGCGAACGACAACAAACACGGACCCUGAGGAGGUUACUGCUGGUCCUAGAAUACUGGAGAGUGGAAUGACACCUUCUGCUCUUCCUGCAGCUGCUUCUACAUAUGCUAGUAUCUCGGAUAAGGGAAUGACAUCGCUCUCUGUUCCAGAAGGUCAGACCACAGCAUCUAAAAUCUUGCAUAAAAUAAUGACAUCUUCCCCAUUAUCUGAGGAUAGGACUAGGGAUCCUGAAACCUUGGAUAAAGUAGUGAUGACACCCUCUGUUCCUGAGGAUGGGACCAGGGAGGUGAAAAGUUUAGAUGAAGGAUUGACAACACAUUACGCUCAUAAAGAUAGUUUCACAGAUGCUAAAAUCUUCAAUACAAGAAUGGCCACAUCUUCUGUUCUUGAUGGUGGGAAUAUGUAUUCUAAAGCCUUGGUUAGCAAAGCGACAACCUCUAGUGUUCCUAAAGGUGAGUUAAUGGAUUAUAACAUCCUGGACACAGGAAUGCCAACACACACUGUCCCUGAGGAGGCUUCCAUGGGUUCUAAUAUAUUGGAUAAUAGAAUGACAACUUCCUUUGUUCCUGUAGAUGCUUCUACAAAUUCAAGAAUGUCAAAUAAUGGAAUGACAUCAUUCCCUGUUAUGACAGGUGAGGCGACUGAUUCUGAAAUCCUGUAUCAAAUGAUAACAACUUCCCCUUUUCCUGAAGAUAGGAUCACAUAUUCCAAAAUCUUGGAUCAGAAAUUUCCAACACAAUUUUCUGAAAAUGCUUCCAUCGAUUUAAAAAUUUUGGAUACUGAAAUGACAACUCGUUCUGUUCCUGAAAAUGGGAUCAUGGAAUCUGAAAUCUUAUAUAAAGGAAUGUCAACUACUCCUACUCCAGGAGAGAUGACAACAGAUUUGAGAAUGCUGCAUAAAUUAACGUCAUGGUCCAAAGUUCCUGAAACUGAGAGAACAAAUUCUAAAACAAUUGCUCAAGAUGGGAUUGUGGAUUUUAAAACCUUGGACACAGGAAUGACAUCGCACAUUGUCCCAGAAAGGUCUUCUUCAGAUCCUGGUAAACUAAGCAAAGGAAUGACAACAAGCUCCAUUCCCAAAGAUGCAACCAGUGAAUCUAUAAUCCUAGAUAAAGGGAUAACAACCACUGUUCAUGCAAGUGAUUCCAUGGAUUCAAAAAUCCUGAACGAUGGGAUGACAAUGCUCUCAAUUACUGAAGAUGUUUCCAUGAGUUCUAAAAUCUUGGAUAGUAGAAUGAAGACUCCCUCCAUUCCCACUGAUACCUCUGCAGUUUCUAAAGUUCUGGAUAAAGGAAGGACAAUAGCUUUUAUCCCACAGGAUAAUUCCACAGAAUCUAAAAUCUUAGACACAGGCAUGAAAAUUCACACUGCCCAUGAAGAAGCAUCCAUGCACCCUGAUAUAUCCAAGAGUGGAAUGACAACUUUCUCUGUUCAUGUAGAUGUUUCUACCGAUUCUGGAAUCUUGGGUAAUGGAAUAACAAUACUCCCGGUUCCAGCAGAUGAGACCAUAAAUUCAAAAAUCCAGUCAAAAGUAAUGAUAACAUCUCCUUUUUCUGAAGAUGCUUCCACAAAAUCUAAAUUCUCAGAUCAAGGAAUAACAUCACCUUCUAUUCCUAAGGAUGGGAUCAUGGAUAAAGGAAUAACGAUUCCCUUUUUUCCUGUGGAUGGGGUAACAGAUUCUAAACUUUUGGAUAAAAAAUUGGGAACACUCAAUGCUUCUGCAGAUGCUUCUACAGAUUCAAAAAUAUUGGAUAAUGCAAUGACAAUUUCCUCCCUUCCUGAAGAAGGGACCAAGGAUUCCAAAAUCUUGGAUAAUGCAUUGAUAACAUCAGCUUUUCCUGAAGGUGGUACAAUAGAUUCUAAAAUCUUGAAUAACAGGACAUCAACAUACAGUGAUCCUGAAGGUAGGUUUACAUAUCCUAAAAUCACGGAUAAAGGAAUAAAAACAACCACUCUUCCUGAAGUGGCUUCCACAAAUUCAAAAAUCUUGAUUAAAGAAAUAACGUCACCUGUUCCUUUAGAUGACACCCUGGAUUCCUUAUUUUUGGAUAAAGGGAUGACAACAGCCCCUGUUGCAGACGUUGCUUCCCGAGAAACCAAACCCACAGAUACACGAGUAACACACGUUGCUUUAAAAGAGGCUUCCUCAGUUCCUAGUAUAUUGGAUAAAGGAAUGACAACACUUUCUGCUCCUGAAGAUAUGGCCAAUCAUUCUAAAAUCCUGGAAAAAGCAACCACCAUUGCUUCUGAAAAUAAUUCCAUGGACUCAAAAAUCCUGAACAAUGGAAUAACAAUGCAAUCAGUUGCUGAAGAUCCUUCCGUUAGUUCUAACAAAAUUAUAACUCCUUCUGUUCCUGCAGAUUAUUCUGAAGAUUCUAAAAUUGUGGAUAAUAGAAUGACAACUCCUUCUGUUCCUCAAGCUACGACCAUGGAUUCAAAAAUGUUGUUGAAAAUAACGACAAUGUCUGCUGUUACUGUUGAUAGAAUGGCAGACUCUAAAAUUACCAACAUUGUGAUCAGACCGUCAUCUAUUCCCAAAGAUGGAACCACUGAUUCUAAAAUCCUGGAUACAGUAUUGACAACAUUAUCUGUUCCUGAGGAUGGGACAAGGGAUUCUGAAGGAUUCACAACGCCCUUUGCUAAUGAAGGUAGUUCCAUAGAUUCUAAACUCUUGGAAACAGGAAUGACUACAUCUUCUGUUCUUCAAGAUGGGAAGAUGGAUUCUAAAAUCUUAGAUAACUUAACGACAACAUCCAGUGUUUUUGAAAGUGGGUCCACAGAACCCAAAAUCUUGGAUGAAGGAAUGAAAAUGACCACUGUUCCUGAAAAUGAUUUCAUGGAUUCAGAAAUCAAGAGCAACAGGGCAACAAUGCCCUCGAUCACCAGAAGUAUUUCCUCAAGUUCCAAAAUAACAUCAACAGAUGUUGUUCCUGAAGAUGGCACCACUGAUUUUAUAUUUUUGGAUAAAAGAACGCCAACGGCCUCAAGCGCAGAAGUUGUUUCCACAGAACCUAAAACUUCAAACACAGGAAUAACAACACACAUUACUCCAGAUGAAACAUCCUCAGUUCCAAGUGUAUUUGACAAAGAAAUGACAACAUUCUCUGUUCCUGAUGAUAGGACUAAUGAUUCUAAAAUCCUGGAUAAAGAAACAGCAACCAGUAUUCCUGAAGAUGAUUCUGUGGAUUCAAAACUCCAAAACAAUGGGAUGAUAAUGCCCUCAGUUACUGAGGACAUUUCUACAAGUUCUAAAAUCUUGGGUGGCAAAAUGGUAAAUUCCUCUAUUCUGUUUGAUAUGACCACAGAAUCUAAUAUCUUGGAUAAAAUUAUGACAGCAACCUUUAUCCCACAAGAUACUCCCAGGGAAACAAAAAUCUUGGAGGCAGAAAUGACAACACACACUUUCCUUGAAGAGGUUUCCAUGGGUUCUAGCAAAUUAGCUGAUGGAAGAACAACUCCCUCUGUUCCUGUAGUUACUACUACAGAUUCAAAAACUUUGCAUAACAAAAUCAUCACAUCCUCUGUUCCAGAAGUUGAAACCACAGAUUCGAAAACAUUUCGUCAAAUAAUGUCAUUGUCCUUAUUUCCCGAAAAUGCAAACAUGGAUAAUAGAACAGCAACUCCCACUAUUAUUGCUGAUGCUGCCACAGAUUCAGAAAUCUUGGAUAAAGCCAAGAUAACUCUGUUUGUCCCUGAAGGUGAGACCGUGGAUUCUAAAAUGUUAGAUAGAGGAAUAACAACCACAGUUCCUGAAGAUGGAGCCACUGAUCCAAAAAUCUUGAUUAAAGAAAUAACAACGUCACUUGUUCCUCAAGAAAGGAUAACAUAUUCUAAAAUCUUGAACAAUAUAUCAACAGACACAAUUCCUGAAGACGAUACUACAAAUUCAUUAUUCUUGGAUAAAGGAAUGACUGCAGCCUUUACCACAGAAGUUGUUUCCAUAGAACCCAAACUCUCAGACAGGGGAAUAACAACACCCACUGUCCCAGAAGAGGCUUCCCCAGUUCCUACUACAUUGGAUAAAGGAACAACAGCAUUUUCUGUUCCUGAACAUAGAACUGAUGAUUCCAAAAUGCCAGAAAGCAAUUCUGUGGAUUCAAAAAUCUGGAAUAAUGGGAAUACGAUGCCCUCAGUUACAGAGGACAUUUCCACGGGUUCUAAAAUCUUGGAUAACAAAAUGACAGCUUCCUCUGUUCCUGUAGUGGUGACCACAGAUUCUAAAAUCUUGGGUAAAACAAUGACUUCAGUCUUUACCAGAGAAGAUGCUUCCAUGGAAUCUAAAACAUUUGAGACAGGAUUGACAACACACACCGUCUAUGAUAAGACUUCUGGAAGUUCUAAUACACUGAUUAAUGGAAUAACAACUUCCUCUGUUCCUGAAGAUGCUUCUACAGAUUCACAGACCUUAGAUAACAGAAUCAUCACAUCCUCUGUUCCAGAAGGUGAAACCACAGAUUCUAAAACAUUUCAUCCAAUAAUCACAUCAUUUCCUGAAGAUGUAAGUAUGGCAUCCACAUUCUUGACUAAUAGAACAGCAACUCCUACUGAUCCUGAAGAUGGAUUCCUAGAUGCUAAAAUUUUAGGUAAAGAAAUAACAACAACUUCUGUUCCUGAUAAUGGGACCAUGAAUAAAGGAAUAACGAAAGCCCCUUUUACUGAAGGUGAUAUCACAGGUUCUAAUACCUUGGGUAAAAUAUUGUCAAUGCCCAUUAUUGUUAGAGAUGCUUCCAAUGAUUCUGAAAUCUUGGAUAAUGCAUGGACAACUCCUUCUGUUUCUGACGAUGGGACCACCGAUUCUACAAUCUUGGAUAGAGGAAUAAUAACCACGGUUCCUGAAGAUGAUUCCACUAAUUCUAAAGUAGUGGUUAAAGUAAUAACAACAUCACCUAUUCUUCAAGAUACAAUAAUGCCUUCUAAAAUCCCAUGUAAAAUAAUGUUAACGGACACUGUUCCUGAAAAUCGUACCAUGGAUUCCAUAUUCUUGGAUAAGGGAAUGACUACAGCUUUUAUGACAGAAGAUGCUUCCACAGAACUUAAGAUGUUGGCUGGAGGAAAGACAACACAGAUUCUCCCAGAAGAAGCUUCCUUAAAUCCUGGUAGAUUGGAAAAAGGAAUGGAAAGUCUCUCCACUCCUGAAGAUACCACUAAUGGUUCUAAAAUCCAAUAUAAAGUACCAACAACUGGUACUCUUGCGGAUGAUUCCAUGGAUUCAGAAAUCCAGAACAAUGGUGCGACAAUGCCUUUGGUUACUGAGGAUGUUUCUACGAAUUCUCAAAUCUUGGAUAAACAAAUAACAACUUCUUUUGUUCCUGCAGAUGUGAACACUGAUUUUAAAAUCUUGGAUAAAAUGAUGGCAACAAUCUCUAUCACAGAGGAUAUUUCCACAGAAUCAAAAAUCUUGGAUAAAGCAAUGACAAAUUCUUCUGUUGCUGAAGAUGGGAUCAUGGAUUCCAAAAUCUUGGAUAAAGGAAUAACAAGUGUUCCCAAAGAUGAUUCCACUGAUCCAAAAAUCUUGGCUAAAGGAAUAACAACACCACCUAUACCUCAAGAUAGUACAACGUAUUCUAAAAUCCUGAAUAAAAUAAUGUCAAUAAACACUAUUCCUGAAGGUGAUAUUGUUGAAAAAGAGAUGUCAUUAUCCUCUGUUGCAAUAGCUGCUUCCAUAGAACCUAAAACCUCUGACACGAGAAUAACAACAGGCUCAGCUACAACAAAGGUUUCCUCAGUUCCAAGUAUACUUGACACAGAAAUGACAACACUCUCCAUUCCUGAAGAUCAGACCAAUGAUUCUAAAAUCCUGGAUAAAGUGACAACCACUAUUCAUGAAUACAAUGCUAUGGCUUCAAAAAAUCUAAACAAUGGGAUAACAAGGCCCUCUGCUGCUGAGGAUAUUUCUGAAAUCUCAGAUAUCAGAAUGACUACUUCCUCUGGUCUUGUAGAUGUGAACUCAGAUUUCAAAAUCUUUGAUAAAACAACAUUUAUCCCACAAGUUGCUCCCAGAGAAACAAAAACCAUGGGGGCAGAAAUGACAACACACACUUUCCUUGAAGAGGCUUCCAUGGGUUCUAGCAAAUCAGUUAAUGGAAGGGCGACUCCCUCUGUUUCUGUAGCUGCUUCAACAGAUUCAAAAACCUUGGAUGACAGAAUCAUCACAUCCUCUGUUCCAGAAGGUGAAACCACAGACUCUAAAACCUUUCAUCAAAUAAUAUUAUCCUCAUUUCUUGAAGAUGCAAACAUGGAUAACAGAACAGCAACUCCCACUGAUCCUGAAAAUGGAUUCGUGGAUUCCAAAGUCUUUGAGAAAGGAUUAACAACCUCUUCUGAUCCUGAUAAUGGGACCAUGAGUAAAGGAAUAACGACUGCUCCUUUUCCCGAAAUUGGGAUUACAGAUUCUAAUGUCUUGGGUAAUAAACCGGGAACUUCCAUUAUUGCUGGAGAUGCUUCCACAGGUUCAGAAAUCUUGGAUAAUGCAAGGAUAACUUUGUCUGUUCCUGAAGGUGGGACCAUGGAUUCCAAAAUCUUAGAUGAAGGAAUAACAACCACAGUUCCUCAAGAUUAUUCCACUGAUCCAAAAAUCUUGAACAAACAACCGAUAGUUCCCUUAGUUCAUAAAGACGCUUCCGCAGAUUCUACAAUCUUGGAUAAAGGUAAAAUAUCAACCAUUGUUCCUGUACACGAAUCCACAGAUCCUAAAAUCAUGCAUACAGGAAUAACAAUGUCCCCAGUUCCUGAAAAGCAGACUGCAGAUUCUAAAAUCUUGGACAAAGAGAUGUCAAGAUCUCCUCUUGUUACCAAAGAGGUGACGAGAGAUUCUAAAGGCUUGCUUAAAGUUGUUCCUCAAGAUGGAAUUGCAGAUUUGCAAACCUUGGAUACAACAUACAUCACCCCAAAAGAGACUUCCUCAUAUUCUAAUAUUUUGGAUAAAAGUACCAGACUCUCUGUUUCUGAAAAUGAUCCCACAGGUUCAGAACUCUUGAACAAACAAACAACAAUGUCCUCAGUUCCUGAAGGUGUUUCCAACGAUUUUAAAAUCUUGGAUAAAGGAGUAACAACUCCCUCUGUUCUUGAAAAUGCUUCUGUAGAUUCAGAAACCUCUGACAAUAAAACAACAACACCCUACGUUCCAUUUCCUGAUGAUAGGAUUACAGAUUCUCAAGUAUUAGAUGAUGGAUUGACAGCACCCCUCAGUCGUGAAGGUAGUUUCAUAGAUUCUACAUCCUUGGAUACAGAAAUAACAUCUUUUGUUUCUGAAGAUGGGACCAUGCAUUCUGUCCAUGAAGAUGUUUCCAUUGCAACUAAAAUCCUCGAUACAGGAAUAACAACAUACAUUAUCCCAAAAGAGCCUUCCAUAAACCCUGAUGUACUGAACAAAGGAACAAUAACCACUGUUCCUGAAGAUGUUUCUAUUGUUACAAAUGUUACUGAGGAUAUUUCCACAUUUUCCAAAACCUUGGAUAACAGAAUGACACCUCCCUCUGUUCCUGACCUUUCAUCCAUCAAUUAUAAAACCUUGGAUAAAGGAAUGACAACAUCUUUUCACAAAGUCUUGCCUAAUAGAAUGACAACACCUCCCAUUUCUGAAGAUGGAACCACAGAUUCCAAAAUGGUUAACAGGAUGACAGUGCCUGCUAUUCCUGUGGAUAAGGUUAUGCAUUCUAAAAUCUUGGAUAAAGGAAUAACAAGACCCUUUGUCCUUGCAGGUAGCAUCACAAAUUCCAAAAUACUGCAUAAAUUAAUGACAACAGCCUCCAUUCCUAACUCUGUUCCCACAGAAUCUAAAACCUUGGGCAAAGGAGUGACAGCAUCCUCUAUUAACAAAGGUAGCCCCACAGAUUCUAUAGCCUUGAAUAAAGGAGUGACAGCGCACUCUAUUCCUACCAAUGGUUUUUCAAAUACUAAACUCUUGGAUAAAGGAACUGUAGUGUAUCCUGUCACUAAGUAUAGAACCAUCGAGUCUAAAAUCUUAGACAACAGGGUGACAGCUUCUUCUAGUAACAGGGAUAGCUCCACAAAUUCUAAAAUCUUGGGUAAAGGAACAGCAGCACACUCUGCUCCUGAAGAUGGUUCUAAAGUCUUGGAUAACAUGGUAACAAUUUCCUCCAUUCCUAUAUUUAGAUUCACAGAUCACAAUAUCUUGGACAAAGAGUUAACUACAGCCUCUGUUACUGAAGAUGGCACCAAAGGAGGAAUGGCAAUGUUCACAGUUCAUGAAGAUGGUUCCUCAUAUUCUAAAUAUUUGGAGAAGGAAGAAAUAACAAAAACAAUUAAUCCUGAAGGAUCAAAAAACAUAAAUUCUAAAAUUUUGCAUUCCUUUGCUCCAAACAGUACUAUCAUUCCUGACAACCCAGAUUAUGCAGAAUCAAUACAAACCAUUCAUCCUAAAAAAGCUGUAACUAUGCUCCCAAACAUGGACAAUGAAAGAAUAACAAAUCCUGCGGUUCCUAGAGAUGGGACUACAGAUUCUAAAAUUGAAAAUGAAGGAAUGUCAAUGUCCACCAUUCAGAAAGGUGGCUCCGUUGGUUCAUACUCCAUGAACAAAAAAAUACGCAUUCCUCCUGAUCAUGGCACCAUGUAUUUGGAAAAUCUGAAUAAAGGAAGACCAGCUUCCACUGUGGCUGAAAGUGAGACCAUGGAAUCUAAAACCAUAAAACCCAUAUUUUCAAAAAAGCCUGCAAUCAUUGAUCUAAAAAAUUCACACCUUCCUCGAAAUCGAGUUAUUACUUUGGAUACAGGGAAUUUAGAUCACAAAAUAACCAUACGGUCCAUUCUUACUGCAAAAGCAGUAACAAUGUUCCCAAAGGUAAACAAAGAAGGAGGCACUAUUCCAGAAGAUGACCCCAAAAACUCUAAGUUCUUGGAUAAAGAAAGAAUGAUAAUUCCCACUUUUAAACAAAGUAACCUUCAUCUUAACGGCUUCCAUAUUAUGGGACAAAUACAGCAUACUAUUCCUCAGAAAACUCCUAUCAUUGGUUCAAACUUAAACAAAGAGAGAAUAUCACAACCCACUGUACUUGCGAGACCUGUAGACACAAAUCCAAUAUUGGAAAACAUGGAAUUUGUACGGGUAAAUAUCUUGCAAAAACUAGUAACUGUGGAACCUAUUAACUUAGAUUUAGAAGUAAAGACCAGUACAGAAGGAUCAAUUGCCACAGAUUCAAACUUAAAAAGAAAAAAUGUAAAGCCCAAUGUUCCCGUUAAACACAAGGUCACUAGCUCUGGUGAGAGUGAUAACGUGAUAAAGGAACCAACUCAAGAACUGGGAAAUCAGGCAAUUGGGAAAACCCAGUCAUAUGAAGACAGUCUUAAUGAUCCCAAUUUGUGUAAUAAGAAGCCUUCAGAUGCUCUGACAACUGUACAAAAUGGAACCACAUAUAUUUUUAGAGGCCAUUUGUUUUGGACAAUAAGCCAGAAAGGACAAACAUUAGGGCACCCACGUAGGAUCACUGAUGUGUGGGGCAUUCCAUCCCCAAUAGACAUAGUCUUCACAAGGUGCAACUGCAAAGGAAAUACAUAUUUUUUUAAGGGAGAACAUUACUGGCGAUUUCAGAAUGGGGCCAUGGACAGUGGCUAUCCUCGAAAAAUUGCAGAUGGCUUUUCAGGAUUGAGUGGGGAAAUAACAGCUGCUCUUUCAGUAGCUGCAUACCGUAACAGACCCGAAACAGUGUACUUCUUCAAAAGAGGUGGAUUAUACCAGAAAUAUGUAUAUCAAAGACCCAUCACAUCUUGCCCACAAGAACGCACUCAUAGCUACACUUAUCAGGUGGUAAGGCAACGUUACAAGCGGCAAGCAAUGGCGGUCGUACAAAAAAACACGGAACUGCAGAAUAUAGCUCAACUUUCCUCUGAAAUGUCAAUAAGAAAACACUGGCUUGGUUUUCCUAUAAGAGUCACAUCAGCCAUUUCGCUUCCAAAUCCUAGACUUGCAGAAACAUAUGAAUAUUAUGUCUUCUCUCAUGGUAAAUCCUACAAGGUUGAUCCAGUGAACCAGAAAGCUACUUAUAUGAAAAGAAGCAUAACCAAGGACUUGUAUGAAUGCCGUCAGCAAACAUUUGAAAGGAAAAAAUAA